AUGGUGGCCGGAUUGGAAAAUGGAAUCUGGAAUGCUGGUUACCAGAAGGAAGCGGAAGCAACUCAAGUGGAAGAGCAGAGGCCACAAAUGACUAUGACAAGACCUAUAUACGAUCAGAGUGAACUGAACAUGGAGAUGAACUACAGAAAACCGAAGAAAAAAGUGACGGAAGAAGUAUUAAAUACGGUUAAGAGUGUCAGUUUGACCGACUGUAUAAAAAGUGUGUUCCCAAUUUUUGCUUGGUUGCCGGAGUAUAGGUGGAAGAGUUACUUCACCGCUGAUUUGCUUAGUGGUUGGACGGUUGGUUUAAUGCAGCUUCCUCAAGGAAUGGGGUUCGCCAUGUUGGCCUAUUUGCCACCGAUCAUCGGCAUCUACAUGGCUUUUUUCCCGGUGCUAGUGUAUUUUUUACUAGGAACUUCCCGGCACAAUUCCAUGGGAACGUUUGCCGUCAUGUCAGUUGUGAUUGGAAAGAUAAUACUCGAGUACUCCACGGCUGGUAUUGGAACGCCUGGAAAUGUGACCGGAAACAGCACUUUAGUGCCGACAUUUGGAGGAUACAUUGUUGCUAGGGAACCAAUCGAGGUGGCAGUUACACUUAGUUUUGCUAUUAUCACUGUGCUAGGAUUGCACCUACCUCCGGUUGUAGGCGCAUUCAAAAUUUUUCGGACAUUUGCCCUAAUUUUCGCGGAUUUCCAUAACAUUAACUACAUAUCUGUUUCGAUAGCUCUUAGCACAAUAUCGAUACUUGCAUUCAACAAUGUGUAUUUGAAGGAGAAGGUAGCCAAAUACAGUAAAGUUCCUAUUCCAGUCGAGUUGAUAAUUCUCGUUAUCGGGUCAUUGAUGUCAUCACACUUCAGGCUCCAUCAGGAUCAUGGCAUUAAAACGAUCGAACACAUGCCGACGGGAUUUCCUCCACCCACCGUACCGGACUGGGACCUGCUGCAGUCGAUGGCGCUGGAGGGGUUUAUAGUGGCAAUCGUGUCGUACGCGGCAUCAGUUUCGAUGGGAACCAUUUACGCCCAGCGGGAAAAGUACGAGCUGGAUUUCAACCAAGAACUGUUGGCGAUGGGCACGUGUAAUCUCUUCGGAAGCUUCUUCUCCUGCAUGCCCAUAGGAUCGUCGUUGCUGCGUUCAGCGGCUCAGUGUAUGACCGGCGGUAAAUCGCAGUUAGCGUCAAUCAUUUCUUGCUGUUUAAUUGCGGCGAUUUUACUAUAUGUCGGGCCGUUCUUUGAACCACUGCCGGCUUGCAUUCUGUGUGGAAUAGUGCUGACCGGCAUGAGACGGUUGCUUCUACAGGUGACGCAGUUUAUCGACUUCUGGAAGCUUAGCACCAUCGAUGGGAUGGUAUGGUUGGGUACUUUCCUGACCGUGGUAUUUGUCAGCAUUGACAUUGGCCUGCUUGUGGGCAUCGGGUUGAGCUUUUCUUCUAUCUUCCUUCGUGGUUUGAAAUCUUAUACAUGUUUGCUGGAAAAUGUCCCGGAUACAGAUCUGUAUUUGGAUUCCAGUAGAUACAAUGGAACACUAAGCGUUCCUGGAGUUAAGAUAUUCCACUACAGUGGUAGUUUGAACUUCGUAACUAGAUCUGUCUACAAAACAAGUCUCUGCAAAGCACUCAACAUAACUCAGGAAUUGACGAAGCACGGCAGCCAUGAGGAUGAUCGACAUCCUGACUUACGUUAUUUGGUGUUGGAUUGCACACGGAUCACUGACAUUGACCCAUCCGCUGUUUUCACACUCCAACUGCUGAUCAACGAGCUGGAACAUCUGGCGAUCAAUGUACUGAUAGCCGGCACAUCCUGUUCGGUAUACAGUGCGAUGCAAAAAUGUGAACUCAUUGGCACGGAAGAUUGCCAUAUAGAUGUUUUUCCGACGGUGCACGAUGCCGUUAUCUGGGCAAAGAGCUGCAUGGCUCGAUACCCGGUUAGAGUCAGCGUCGAAGUAACGAGAUUCUAG